GAGGCUGGAUGGAGAGAGCUCAGGGGAAAACUGGAGGAGAUCGUGGUGAACCACGCCGGUGGUCCCAUCCCUUUUGACCGGGUCGUCUUCGAAAUGGCUACAAAGGGUGAGGCUGGAUGCAGCCUGGUCUCGGACUCGGCUCUGCAGGCUGCGAUUCGUUCGGCCAUGAUCGAACACCUUGGCGCAAAGGGUGACCUGGAUGAGAUCAGUCCUGGUCAACCGCUUCGGUUGAAGCUGAUGUCUGCGCUCCUGCGUGAUGCUGGGGACCCGGACUGGCAGGUUCUGCUUGACGCGCAACGUGGAUUGCCGGUUGGGAUCAAAGUGUAUGAGGAGCAGACCUCCUGGAAACUGGAGAUGGGACCCGCCGAUGUGGCGAAGGCUUGGAAGGCGAACUAUGAGUCGGCGGCAGAACAUAUUGAUUAUGUUCGUGAGCACUUCGAUGCUGAGGUGGCCGAAGGCCUGAUGCUGAAGCUGGACGAAGAUGCAUUCUGGCGCAGGUACGGAGACGAGGCGGCCCUCUCGGCGAUUGCCGUGCUGGUGGACGAGGGGCCACCUCAGAAGAAGAGGGUUAUUCAUGACGCAUCUCACGAGGUCAUGCUGAAUCACAGGAUCAGAUGUCUUGACAAGGUUCGCUCGCCUCGGGCUCGGGAAAAGCGCUACUUGCUCCGUUUCCUGAAGGACCAUCGAUGUGCUGCGCUCUCGGUCACGGGAGACAUCUCGAAGGCACACAGGAGGUUCCGCCAUUCUCCCGAUGAAUGGGGCUACUUGGGACGCAAGGCAUCGGACUCAGACGCCUUUGUGUACGUGAAUUGUGUCGGGACGUUCAGGGUGGCAUCGGCAGGGUACUGGUGGAGCCGUAUCUCCGGAGGAGGGAUACGAUUGAUGCAUCACAUCACCGGCAGGCGCCUUCUUGAGCUCCUUCUCUACGCUGACGACCUUAAGGCGGUCGCUGGGGACCGUGCGGGACGGCGUGGGAUUGUCAUCUCUUAUGCUUCACUGGCGGCGCUGGGCUUCCCUUUUAAAUGGGCAAAAACCUGUGGCGGCUUCGUGGUGGAGUGGGUAGGCUUCGAGACGGCUUAUUCCUCCUUCAAACUCGGUCUUUCCCAACGCCGGGCAGAGUGGCUGAUCCGCUGGUGCAUGGAUGUCGCCACGUCUGCGCGGACUACAUGGUCUGACUUCUCACGCGCACUGGGGAGGCUUGGCUUUGGGGCAAAUGCUUUGUCCUGGGAGCGGCCGUUUCUUGGGCCAAUGUACUCAUGGUCGGCAGCUACUCGUGGCAAGCAUGGCUCCCUCACGGCUCCGGUAAUGAUCAGGGUGAUCCUCAGGUGGCUGGCUGAGAGGUUCCAGGAAGGGGGCCGCCUGCAGGAACCCAUGACGUUGACUGAGGCGUCCGGGAAUGUUGAACUCACCUUCUUUUCGGGCGCAAAGGCGGAGGAUGGCAGGGCUUAUGUCGGUGGCUACCUCUGGAACGGGCACGAGGUACUGUCUUGGUACGCGGCAGAGGUCCUGCCGUCUUGGGCUCCCUGGGCUUUCAUUAAGAAUGAUCCUCAGAGGACUACUGCAAGCCUGGAAUUGCUGGGCACGCUCCUCUGCGUAAAACUUUGGGGAAGCAGGAUGUCAGGACGAUCUCGGAGCACGGGAAGCAUCACCGGGGCGACGGACAAUCAGGGCAACACGUAUGCUGUCACAAAGCUGAUGUCCACCAAGUACGCCCUUCCCAUUUUGCUGAUGGAAUUGUCGGAGACUCUUAGGCUUGGGUCCAUCUUCUUGGACUUGCGUUGGGUUUUCAGGGAGCGCAAUCAAUGGGCAGACGAUCUUACCAAUGGCGAGUUCGGUCACUUUCCCAUGGAUAAGAG